GAGGCUUCCGGGGUUGUAGUCACAUGAUGCAACGGUGGCCCCUUAAAGACACACUUGGCAAUUUCGGCAUUUUCAUCCGGACGGCGGUCGCAAAAUUGAUCAAGGAUGCUGACCAACUUCUCCUUCGAAGUUUCUUAGCUAAGCCAAGACGCUCCGUCGGCCGGCCGCCCGGCGUCCGCCCAGACGCUCCCUAGCCCCCCCCCCCCGGCUUCCACCCCCGUCUGACGUUCAUUUUGCAGCAUGCGGAAGCGGAGAACGUCUGGGGAGCAAGAAGAACGAGACGACGCGCUUGAGAACGCCGCCGAGGAGACCUCGCGGCCCGCGGCGGAUUCGGCGCUCGGCAUGAAGAUCUUCACCGGCUCGCGCAGGGGCAGCGCCAUGGCCAAGGCGAGGCGUGCGGGCCUGUGGCUGCUGCUGGUCUACCUGUGCGUGCCUUUGCUGGUCAAGCUGUGUCCAUCUAUUCAGGCCAAGCUGGUCUUCCUCAACUUUGUGAGGAUCCCCUUCUUCCUGGACCUCAAACGACCUUCAGACGUGGGCCUCAACCACACGCUCAAUUUCUACCUGCAGCCACAACAAGCUCUCAACAUCGGAGUGUGGCACACGGUUCCUGCAGGCAUGUGGCAAGAUGCCCAAGGCAAAAGUCAAGAAUGGUUUGAAUCUACACUGAGCUCUGCCCACCCAGCCAUCCUCUAUCUCCAUGGAAACACAGGGACCAGAGGCGGGGACCACCGCGUGGAGCUGUACAAGGUCCUUAGCUCGUCGGGCUACCAUGUGGUCGCCUUCGAUUACCGAGGCUGGGGCGACUCUGAUGGGUCGCCGUCGGAGGGCGGCAUGACGGCGGAUGCGCUCUUCGUGUAUCGGUGGCUGAAGGAGAAGCGGGCUCAAGGCGGAGUGUACGUCUGGGGUCACUCGCUGGGAACUGGCGUGGCCACCAACCUGGUCCGGCAGUUGUGUGACAGAGGAAGUCCUCCAGAUGCUUUGAUCCUGGAGAGUCCUUUCACCAACAUCCGCGAGGAGGCCAAGAGUCACCCCUUCGCCACGGUGUACCGGUACCUGCCUGGUUUUGACUGGUUCUUCCUGGAUGCCAUCACCGCCAACGACAUUCGCUUCGCCAAUGACGACAAUGCGCCCGGCGUUGUUGUGUUGUGAGCAGAGCAGGCACGUGAAAGGGGAGUCGACAACUCAUUCGUUUGGAAGCACUUUGGAUUCCAAAGAAAAGAUGGCUCAACCGACAAGACACUUGCAGUUUGUAAAUCCUGCCAUGCGGUGAUAAAAUAUUCAGGGAGCACAAAUCUCGCCGCACAUUUAAAGAAAAAACACGACAUCAAAGUUCAGUGUUAAAAUAAGCACUUUGUAUACUGCAAUACUCUUGUAAUUUCCUAAAUAAAGAGUUUGCAGUACCUUGUUGAUUUUGCGUAUGAAUUGUUAUAAAUCAGACUAUUGUUCUAUAUUUUUUAUUUAAGAAAAAAAAAAUCGAUCGUAGAGCACUAUCGCGAUAUAUCGUGAUUGAAUCGCAGCAGGCUUUCAGAUAUCGGCAAAUAUCGUAUCGUAAUUCUUUGUAUCGAUAUUAUAUCAUAUCGUGACAAAACCCGCGAUUUACACCCCUACUAUAUAUACACAUACGUAUACAGGAAUAGGAUUUUAUUUAUAUAGCACGUUCACAACGUCUUUCGUUAUAUAACUAAUUUAAUAUAGAAGCUGGUGUAACGCCUAAAAGAUUUUUGGUGGUGGUGUGCCUCGAGUUUUUUCCCAAUAAAAAAUGGUUGGAGAAACACCGCUCUAGUGCAGUGGUCCCCAACCUUUUUAGCACCACGAACUGGAUUACUGUCAAGACAGUAUUUUCACGGACUGGUGUUUGAUGUCACGAUUUUUGUGAAGAAAACUUCAAGAAAAAAUCAAAAUCAAAUGUCGUCAUCAUUAAAUCAAAUAAUCACCGACUGCACAUUGUUUAUGGAUGUUUUCUUCGCAAAAAUUGCCCGUGUUUAGACUACAAUCCCUAUUUCCAGCCAGCAGAAAUGCGUUACCACUAGGGGUGUAACGAUUCAUCGAUACACAUCGCUUAAUCGAUAUAAUGCUCUACGAUUUAUUGGCAUCGAUGCUAAACGUAAACAUCGGUUUAUAUCGCCGUGUUUGACUUCGGACAUUAGACGCGACUUUAUUUUGAAAUCCAGUUCAUAGUUGCUUGCUUCCUCUUUCCGGGAGCAGUGCGCGGCGUUGUUGUGUUGUGAGCAGAGCAGGCACGUGAAAGGGGAGUCGACAACUAGUACGCGGCUCCUGGGCUGGUGCUAUGGCUAGUGUCCAAAAAGACGAGGAAAUUUGCUCCCCUUUAGGCUUCAAGUCAUUCGUUUGGAAGCACUUUGGAUUCCAAAGAAAAGAUGGCUCAACGGACAAGACACGUGCAGUUUGUAAAUCCUGCCAUGCGGUGAUCAAAUAUUCAGGGAGCACAAAUCUCGCCGCACAUUUAAAGAAAAAACACGACAUCAAAGUUCAGUGUUAAAGUAAGCACUUUGUAUACUACAAUACUCUUGUAAUUUCCUAAAUAAAGAGUUUGCAGUACCUUGUUGAUUUUGCGUAUGAAUUGUUAUAAAUCAGGAUAUUGUUCUAUAUUUUUUAUUUAAAAAAAUAUAUAUAUAUCGAUCGUAGAGCACUAUAUCGUAAAUGAAUCGCAGCAGGCUUUAAGAUAUCGGCAAAUAUCGUAUCGUAGUUCUUUGUAUCGAUAUGAUAUUGUAUCGUGACAAAACCCGCGAUUUACACCCCUAGUUACCACAUAAACACCACCAUCCCAACACACCCUUCAACUCUUAGUUCCAUAGGGGAAUUCUGUAUGCGAAUACCACAGUACAACAUAAUAAACAUGAAUCCACUGUG